AGGUACAAACCAAUUAAUAAAUGAGUAAAAUUUUUGGUUUGCUUACUUUACUGAAUAUUAUUAUAUUGAUAAUUGAUCUCACCCCCAUUUUUUUCACCCAGCUGAUUUGGAUUUUGGAAUCUCCUACAGAACAAAGGAUGAGCAGCAAGAACCAAGGGGUAAGCUUAACUUCCUCAGCAGAACCCCCUAUGAAGCGGAAACGUGGGGACUACACACCUGCAACACCUGAAUCUGACAAUCUGAAGAGAAACAAGCAGAGUGCAUGGAUAAGUGAUCCUGCCUCUUCUGACAUGUUAGGUCAGAUGGUUUCUGGUGUCAUUGAAGGCUCAUUUGAUGCUGGGUAUGUUCUUCAGGUUAAGGUAGGUGAUACCAACACGCAUCUUAGAGGUCUUGUUUUUCUACCGGGGCUAUUUGCUCCCAUUACCAAUGCGAACGAUGUGGCUCCUCAUGCUAAGAUGCACAAAAGAAAAGAUAUUCCUAUCCCGUUUGUAAACCUCCAUGGUCAUCUCCAUGUUUUGAGUUCAUCAGGGAACAGUGAGAAGCCGGUUGAGCAAAAAAAUGACACAUCUAACCGUCCUGACCGAGGUCUACACAUGGGGCUUGAGCCUGGUGCCUCGGUUGCUGGUGAGAGCCAAUUUGCUUCUAUUCUAAUUCCUCCAGCUAGUAACUUGCCAAUAAAUGAAGCUGGUCUUCCCUUACGACAAAAGGUCAUGCAAGAACAAAGCUCGGAUUCUGGAUUACAUAAUGAGAAAGCUGUUGGACAGCAUCAGUCACUUGAGGGAUUUGAAGCCUUCAAACAGAUGAAGGGGCCAAGUAUUAAUGUAGAGGCAACUAAAGCUUCUGAGCUAUCUGCAGAAUUUGCUGCCACUUUGCAAGCUACUGAUACAAUAAAUCUGAAGCCUCAGAUUCAAUACAAAGCCCUGAGUUCUGAGCUUAAGCCUCCGGCAUUGAUUCAUGAUCAUGACACGAUAAGCUUUGACAUUGGCGACAACCAAACUCCCCAAAUUUCUGAACCUGAACCUCAGGCCAUGGCUUGUGACGCUGGAAUCAACAUGUUUGGUAAACAGGCUUCAUCAAGGCAAGACACCCAGUCAGAGCUUGGUCAGAAGUAUAUGGACGGAUUAUUUGCAAGUGAUGAUGUUACUACUAGUGCAACAGCUCCAUGCUCUGCACCCAUGACCAGCCUACAAGUAAUGAUAUUUGAGGCAGAUACUAUUCCAUUUGAACCCAAGUCUGGUGCUGAAGAAUCUGUUCUUCCAACAAUGGUUGUCCCUGAAGUUAACAGUUCCCUAGUUACUACUGCGAACACUUACAGCGUGGAAUCCAAUGCCAAAGAUGCCACUCCAACACCACGUUCUUAGGUUUUUCGAGUUACAAAAAUAGAAUGAGGCUUGCAAGGCAAGGCUUGAAAGAUGGGCAGUGAAUGUCGUGACCGAGAAUAGUUGAGAGAGUUUUUAAGGCAAAUGCUUAAUUUAGGUACUAUUUGUCUCUAAUUUGGAUUAUUUAUGAUUGUGAUGGAAACUCUUUGCAGUCUUA